AUGGCCAUGACGGCUCUUUCGAAUCUGAGUCCAGCUUGGGACUUCGAUGCCUUCCCUACUGAAGAGGCCGCGACUCAUACCAGAACUCUCUUUGGGGAUGGUCCCCAGUUUCAGAAUCAGCUCGCCGGUGGCAUUAUCCCUGAUGGUGAGGAUGCUGAUGGCGACAUGUCUUUUGAUUUCGAGAGAAUUCCGGAGCUCGAUGUCAUGGACUUCGAAGCCAACGACUCACAGCAUUUCGACCAGCCCAAUGGCUCCGUGAACCCUGAGCAGGAAUCCGGCGGUGUUGGCCUGCUUGUAGGCCAUGAUCCCGACAAAGAUGAGAUUACCCCCCCUAUGGAGGGUUACGGAAACCCACCCGAGACUCCACGUAGCGUCCAGAGAGCUUCAACCGGAAGUUCUUCUAGUAUUCCCUCCCCAAAAGAGUGGAAGCGCGCAAAGACACAGCCAAAGCCCUACGAACUGCGUCCUGGAGCCCGAUUGAACAAAGUCCCUAUGACCUGGGUCGACAUGGAUGAGAGCGGCAACUACGAUCCCGACCAGGAGCGACGUAAGGCACCGCUGCCAAGGAAGAAGAAACAGACUUCAAUGGCUGGGCGGUCUCCUACUGAUUCAGAUGAAGGCGGCGAACGUAUCAGGAAGUCUAAGCUUCCUACUUGGCAGCAUGGACACCGAUGCGGCACCAGUCUGGUGGUAUCGUUAAAGUUCACGUCCUAUGCCGCCCACGAGCUUCUGAAUCAGGGCUCCCGGUGCGACAACUGGCCCGAGGAUAAUCCUGACUGCUACGAUGAGCGAGAUCUGUUGGAGGAAGAAGACUUUGGUGUCGCUCGUAAACUCCGGAAGCGCGAAGCCAUUCGAGAGCCAGUCUUGGACCCACGCAACGAAGAAGACGAUCUCUCUGGACAUCCGGAUGCACGAGGAUGCAAGCUUUGCCGAGAGAUCGGGAAGGACUGUUCUCUAAAGCAUCGUGGCUUCACUUGGCCUUGCGAAGAUUGUUCCGAGGUCGAUCGACCAUGCGAGCUUCUUAUCCCCCCAAAACACAAGGAUAGCUGCCAAAAUUGCCAAGCGAACGGACUUGACUGCUCGUUCGUCUGCCAAGACUAUGAGGAGGGCGAGACCGCAGGACCACGGUGCGACGAAUGUAUCGAUUACGAUCGUCCUGACUGUGUAGCCGGCCCGGACUACACUAGGCAGCCUCAACGGCUGUAUAUGAAUGAGUACGGACGUUCUGACGACUACGAUGACGCGAAGGCUCCUGCUGCGCCAAGGAAGUACGUGGCGUGCACGAUCUGUCGACAGGAGCGUAGAAGGUGUUCCCUGAAGACCAAGGACGACAAGCCACCGUGCAACAGGUGCAAAAAGGAACACUUAGCAUGCACCUUCUUGGACCUCAGGCCGACUAAGGCACUUAAGCCCACCAAAGCGUCCAGCGCCACAGCUAGAGACGACCUUGCUGUGGGCACCUCAACUUACUUGGUGGAUGAUGAAUCGAUGUCCGAAAGCCAUGGGGCCCCUCGAGUGGUGGAAACAAAGCACAAACCGCAGAGCAAAGGAAAGGGGAAGGAGAAGGCAAGAGCUGAAGCGCAAGCAAGAUCGAGAAACCAGGAAAGACCAGCCCCAAAGCCCGUAAAUUGGACUCGUGAAUAUCGGGCUCUGUGUGACGCAGCAGAAGAUGAGGAGGAGGAAGAGGAGGAAGAAAUAGCCCCUCAAAAGGCGACUCACAUAGCGGAACGCAGUUCGGAUACCGCAGGACACUCUGGGUUCACUUGCAACAUAAUCACCUCCUAUACGCACCCGAUCACUUUCGACACUUCUCCAUAUGCCGAUGGUGAUUCGGCUAGGUCUUGCACAUGGUGUGAAGAAAACGUCUAUGGGAUCUUGGGACUCGGCGAAAGAGAAGUCUUCUGCAUCAGCUGGGACAACGGCCUUGGAUACACUGAACUCGCAGGCGGACACCUAGCGGAAGGCUGCCGCCACAGCAACAUGUGCUUCAAUUGCACGAUCGGUCGGUACCAAAUCAUCUUGUGCGACAACCACGAGUUCCAUCGCAUCCCAAACAUCGUCGCCGAGGACAUCGACAACGUGGUGGAGCAGCUGGACAUGGCGAGGCCUGGCUCAGCAUUGUCAGAGGUGCUUCAGAGCAAAUUCUGCUCACUCUGCGUCAACGAUCUUGCAGAGUUUGAGUGCGCGACUGUCCAGCCGUCCCUCAUCCUGGCCGACACCGGUGAGCAGUAUAUUCGGGGUUGCGGCCUCAAGCUCUGUCGCCGAUGCGCCUCGGUCUUGUGGAAGAACUGUGGUGGGAGCCUGCAGGAAACCAUUCAGGUUCUAGAGCAGUCUGCGAUGGAGGAUCAGGCAAACGAUGAGUUUCCGGAAUUCAUGGCGAGGGCUGAUAUCGGGCUUCUUAAGAAUGAUGGGCUGCUGAAUAGGAACAUGGAGGCUAUUGAGAUCGAAAUGGACCCGGAGGCGAUGGAGACCGUUGAGGAGACGCAGAGUGCGGAAAAUGUUCAGGACUGUCAGAUGGACGUGGAGUUGAGGGAGCAGCGAUUGCAACCUGGGGAGGUUUAAAAUCAGAGCAUUUCUGAGUUCAAUUUCCUGGCUUUCAAGAGGGGUUGAGAGGAUUCACUGGUCUCUUGAGCUCGCGAUGGCGUGCUCGUCUUGUGAUGUGGUUUGGCGUUGGCGUUGGUGGGUGCUUUCUUCUAGUGCUCUGC